GUUUCUCUGGUCCAUGUCUCCACCUAGAAUGAAGACAACCUGGAAGGAGAAACAAUACUACCUUGUCUGCUUUCAAAGUUCCAUUCUCCGCGCUUGAUGGUUCAGGCAUAACCCUCUGCACUUGUUCUGCGAUCCUACCACGACAACCUGUACUUUUCGACACCCAUUACGCUCGUGGGAUUCCUAUCAUAUGCUCCCCCAAGUUUGCAUACUCCUCUAACGAUAGUCGCCUAACACAUUAAUCCUUACCGCCAUCAUGGAUGCUGAGGCGCGAAAGGAGGAAAUCCUGGCGAAGAAGGCUAAGCUGGAGGAGUUGAGGAGAGCACGCGCUUUAAGGGAGCAGGAGAUGCGCAAGAGGCAGAGCGCAGGGGAAAAUGGAGAUUUAAUGCAUCCGACGCCGAGCCGCGAUGCGAGGCAGAGGGACAUAGAGAAAUUGCUUACCGAUGUCCUGGGAGAGAGCCGAGCCGCUUCUCCUGGAGCUGUUGCAUCACCGCGUGCAGGUAGUCGUAGUCGACCCACCAGCACGGUCAGCUCAUCGAGGCCGCUAAGCGAUGAACGAAGAGGGAGUACGCAUCGUAUGUCAAGCGAGACCGGGGAAGCUCGAGAUUCGAGGGCAACAAUUGUCUCCGGCACGACGUAUGUGGCGAUCGCGACACAAACGCUGGGAAUCGCCCCUACGGUUAGUCUUUACGAACAACCAAGUGAUGCGCCGCCGAAGAAAGAAGUCGUAACAUACGACAAAGGCAUCCAGACAAGCGAAGAGUGGGAACCGCAACGGAAAGAAAAGGGUGCUGGUAUCGAAGAGGAGGACUGGGAGGGUAGACAUACACCGCAGCCACUGUCCGAAUCUGAGAAGGAAAGAAUCAGAGAAGAGCUGAGGAAAGAAAUUGAAGAAGAAGUCAAGGCUGCUUUACAACCAGGGAGCGCUUUCCCAUCAGAUGAAGCACGUUUCCCUGCAAGAACGCUGACGAAUGAUGAGUUGGAUGCGGUGACCAGCUCCAGGGAUUUCCAGGACUUCCUUGAUCAAUCGACGAAAGUCAUCGAGAGGGCGCUAGAUGAGGAAUAUGACCUGCUGACUGAUUACGCUCAUGGAAAGACGAGCCUGGACGAGGAUGACGAGGGAUACAGCACACGGGGAAAGCGUGGCAGACGCGUUCGACAGGUUGCACAGUACUGGGAUGAAAGAUGGAGUAAGAAGCGACAGAUUAGCGACAUCGGUUUCUCACCAAAGUAUCCGGAACUCUUACUCGCGUCAUACACGAAGAAUCCUUCAGCGCCGCACGAACCUGCAGGCCUGCUCCAAGUGUGGAAUGCCCAUAUGCCCUCGCGCCCAGAGUACAUUUUCCACGCUUCGUCUGACAUCUUGACCGCCAAGUUUUCUCCUUUCCACCCCUCCCUCAUCGUUGGCGGCUGUUACAGCGGCCAAGUUCUCCUUUGGGACACGCGCUCCAAGUCCCACGCACCUGUACAGAAGACGCCCUUGACCGGCUCUGGCCACACCCACCCUGUUUACAGUAUUGACAUUGUGGGCACGCAAAAUGCAAAUAACAUCAUCUCCUGCUCCACCGACGGAGUAGUCUGCUCCUGGUCAGUGGACAUGCUUGCCCAGCCUCAAGAGUACCUGGAGCUCGUUGCCCCUUCGCCCCCAGCGAAGACAGAGGAUGUGGCACCACUCUGCAUGGGCUUUCCGCACGCAGAUCCGACCUAUUUCCUCGCAGGGACAGAGGAGGGCACGAUUUUUGCGUGCCACCGAUACGAGCGUGCUGGUGCAAAGGCAGGUAUAGAUAAUCGUAUUCGCUACGCCGGCCACGCAGCUCCGGUCAUGAGUUUGGACUUCCAUCCUUCGCGUGGCGCUGUCGACCUCGGUGACCUCGUGCUCUCAGCCAGCAUGGACUGGAGCGUCAAGCUGUGGCGCGUGAGACCUCCAGCGGCGACAGGCGGCGCCGCCGUAUCAGGACAGGCUCACAUUCAAUCGCCCGUUCUGGACUUUUCGCGCGAGGACCUCGUGUUCGACGUCAAGUGGUCCCCUGUCAGGGCCGGUGUCUUCGCUCUCGUCGACGGCGCAGGUGCGCUCGAGAUCUGGGACCUGAACGCAGACCAUGAGAUCCCCAUUGCGCACGUGACGCCUACGGAGCACCCGAACGCGGUCUCGUCCGCGGGCGGUCUUGGAAUGUGGAAGAAGCGCAGCUUGAACAGAUGCGCGUGGGAGCAGAACGACGGGAAGAAGAUUGCUGUGGGAGGCUUGGACGGCGUGGUCACCGUGUUUGAGGUGGGCAACGAGCUCGGCGGAACAGAGGGCGCAAGGGCGGAAGAGUGGACCGGAGUGAAGAAGGUUGUUGCGAGGGCGGAGGCCCAGCAGGGCGCCGCGAAGGAACUGGGUACUGGUGUGAAGGCGCCUACGGUUAACGGCUUUGGUAGGUAGCUUGUCCUGUGCCUGGAUGGGGUAGAGCGUGUCGCAAAGCGCAUGUCUCUCCCCCAGUCGUCUAUACUCUUCGUAUUAACGCGAAUACCCAAUUUUCUUUUCUCUCGCCUGUGGAAAAAUGCCCUCGUUUCUUGUACAUAUAUUUUACUGUGGCUCUCAGGGUGACAAACAUUCCAUCAGCGUGACACAUUGUGCCGGAAACGUUCUUGGAUUCUACUGUCGAGAAAUUCAAAGCGGAUCACGGGCACGCGUACGGGGAUGUCCACACUGCAUUCAACAUUU